AUGAGCUACGUCGCCUCACCCGAGGAGAUCUCAGUCUUCUCCAAAUGGUCCUCUAAGCCUGAGUUCUCACAGGAAGGCAUCGCUGUCGAAUUUCGCACGACAGAAGAAUUUGUCAAGAGCGUCCUCCCACCCGGAUUUGAGCCUGCUGCUGAGCCCAAAGGCAGCAUCCUCCUGAGCAGCAUGGAAAGCAAACUUUGCGGUGAAUUUGACUGUACACUGGUUACUAUCGAUGCUAUCUUCAAGGGGAUCACAGGCAAAUACUGUCUCGAGAUGCUCAUCUCUGGAGAUACGCCUGUCACAUGGGGUCGUGAAGUGUGGGGUGAGACUAAAAAGACCGGUAUCACUCGCCUCUACCGCUCUGGCAAUCAUCGCUACGCAUACGCAGAGCGGAAUGGGGUACGACUCAUUGAGAUUGAGGGAGAGUUCGGCGAUGAUCUACCUGAGGAGGUUCUGAAGGGUCACCAGUUCGAGAUCAAGGCCUACCCGAACUUGAAGGGCACCGGCAUGCAAUGGGAGCCGAUUGUUGACACUCUCGAAGUCACUGAACAUAAGACGCGCCAAUCACUCGGCAAGGGAUCAGUCACAAUGCGUGUAACCACAGCCAAUCCACUGCACACCAUCCCCAUCAAGUCUGUCGGACAGCUGGAGUACGUUUCGGGCUUGGCAGAACAUACGGUCGUUGGGGAGGACGAGCUUGGUGCUGGACACUCCUACCUUCCGUAUCUCAUUGGGCGUCAUUACGAUGAUCUGCGUGAGUUCAAGGUCGGAUUGCAAUGGAUAAGCCAGCGUUUGGCCGCAAAGGAACGUGAGAUGGUUGUCGAACGUCAUUUUGCUUCAGCUUAA